GCCGUUUUACGUCGUUUCUUCUUCUGCGUUCUGAUCAAGUUCUAACCCUAGGAGCGGCUCCCCCCCCGCGGCUCGGCCUCUCUGUCAAAACCCCACAGGCGACCGCACGGCCCCUCUCAGAAUCCCUCCGCUCGGCCUAUCUCUCUCUUCUGCAAUCUGGUAACUAUCAUGUUUUUGUCAAGAAUUUUUGGGAGAACUCUAUUUGCUGCAGCUAAAUCAGAAACAUCUGCUGCAACAGCUGCAGCUGCGUCUGCGGCUAGGAACCCUCUGGAAGAGUUCUUUGAGGCAGAUAGAAGCGUAGAUGACGACAAACCCGUUGUCUAUGGUCGAAGUUGGAAGGCUUCUGAACUGCGACUGAAGUCAUGGGACGAUCUUCAUAAGCUAUGGUAUGUUUUAUUAAAGGAGAAAAACAUGCUAAUGACUCAACGCCAGAUGCUUCAUGCACAGAAUCUACGGUUUCCUAAUCCUGAGCGCGUUCCCAAGGUGAGGAAGUCAAUGUGCCGUAUCAAGCAAGUCCUCACUGAGAGAGCGAUUGAAGACCCAGAUCCCAGGAGAUCUGCUGAGAUGAAGAGGAUGAUAAAUGCUCUGUGAUGACUUCUAAGGAUGUUUUGUUCUCAGAAUAGUGUGUUGAUGAUGUUGACUGCCAUACGGCCUUAUUUUUCUGUAAGUCUGCAGCUUCUGGUGAUUUAGUUGAGUAUCACUGUUGUGGAGAAAACGGACAAAGUUCAAUAUACAUGGGAAUUUACAUAUUACUUGGUUCUUUUAUCUCCGACCAGACUAAUUUGUUGUGCUUGGUAAUUGAGCACACGAUUAACAAAAGCUGUAGCAGUAGAACAUCAAUGUGUUCUGUUUGUGCAUUUGAUGUUUGAGUAUAUCCUAAUGUUUUAA